CUACAUCCUUACUACCUACGCUGAUCCUCAGCUGGCCGGUUCCGGUCAUUCUGCCUAAUCCGCGGCCCACCGGCAUCUGAUCUCAUCGCUGCGCUCAGGAGCCCACUCUUUCCCCCCUAUCACCCUUUCUGCCAACCGACUGUUCUCACCCCCGCUCUGCCAACUAAAAACGCUGGUGAACCGACUGUAUUUACGCUUUGCUGGUUGUUUCCACAGACUAGGUAUUCUUUGUUGAUUAUUCAUUAUCGCGUGGUCGGCAGAUAGCGUGGAGAGAUCGCCACGAUCUACUUGUGAUCCGUCUGUUCCGGACUGGACGGUUGGGUUGUGACUGGGUGUGUGAAGUGAGAGACUUGAGGCUUGAGCUGGAGCUGGAGGCUCGGUCGUGGUGGACGACACAGCGUCAUGGGUAACACGCAGACCAGAGAGGCGCGGACCUCGCUGGACCCGUCGCACCGACGAAGCCACCAAUGGUCCCCCUCAGGCACGGGGCGGUCGCCCUACACCGAGGGCUCACGGUCUGCUCGAGGGAGCCGACCGGACCUUUCUUUCCUCGGCAUUGGCACUGGGCACUCGGAGCGGGAUGCAACGGCAACGCUGGAACAUCGGCGGGAGACGAAGCAGGAGCGCGAGGCCCGUCGCUUGGAGAAGGAGAGGACCGCCCGACUCAAGGAACGGGAACGCAGCAUGAAGGAGGAACAUGUCGAUGGAGGCUAUCUAGUCACUCAGGGUGUCUACGUGGGCACCGAGGAUUUCAACAAAGUCGUCGUGCGACAACUCAUGAUUGAACGACGAUUGGCUCCCUUCUGGAGAGGUCUCAAUGACUUCUCCGAGUCGUGGACAGAGCAUCAACUCAUGGCGGCCGCUAGGGGGCUCCCGAUUCCCGCCCCCGACGAGAUCCCUCCCGAGCUGGACUAUAAAAACCCGCCCAAGAAGUCGCCCGACAACGUGAAGGAGUCUUCCGCCUUCGACGCCAUCCAACACUUGACCGUCCCCAUCACCUCUCGCUCGCAGUCCUACAACUCGGAUGGAUCGGGUGCCUCUGCUCCGGCGACCCCGGCCUCAGUCGUCGCCUCGGGCACGUCGAGUUCUCCGCUCUUCCGCAGCCGGGCGAAAACCCUGGCCUCGUUCACUUCCCCUUCCAAACACAACUCCCAGGUCGAUCUGGGCCCGCGGGAGCUCCAGCUGCCAAAGGAUCCGUUUGUCAACGGACAGCCCAUCGAAGCCUAUCUUUACAAGGACGCCACCGAGUGUCCCAUCUGUUUUCUCUACUACCCGCCCUACCUAAACCGAACUCGAUGCUGCGACCAGCCGAUCUGUUCCGAGUGCUUUGUGCAGAUCAAACGUCCGGACCCUCACCCCCCGGAGCACGGCGAAUCCGACCACAAUGCCACGAACGGUGGUGGUGAUGAUCCACUAAGCACGAUGCCUGCAGCAGCAGAUCACGAUUCCGCAUCCCAUUCGGAUUGCCAGCUCGUCUCGGAGCCGUCCGCAUGCCCCUUUUGUGUCCAGCCGGAAUUCGGUGUGACCUACGCCGCCCCCGCCUUCCGUCGGGGCCUGUCGUUUGCUCCGGACCCGAAUGCUCGUGUGGCGUUGAGUAUCACCUCCCCUGUCUCCUCUACCUCCUCGCUGGGGUCGGGCAUCAACGCUCCGGUGCCUACGGGUCGUCGGCGCGCCACCUCCCUUUCCGCCACCGAUCCGUCCGUCGUGACCACCGAUAAGAUCCGGCCCGACUGGGCGCAGAAACUGGCCAACGCGCGCGCACACGCGGCACGACGGUCCGCCGCCGCUACCGCACUCCACACGGCAGCCUACCUGAUGAACACGAACGCUGCUGGCAGCGAGCCACGGAACUUUGGCUUUGGGCGACGCGGGGUGAUGCGGCGAACAGGCGGCGGAUUCGAUACACAGAGCAGCGCCCCGGGUCGCACGAGCUCCCCUGCCCUGAACGCGCUCGCCUUUCUCACCGAACGACGCCAGGCCAUGCAGGACGCCGAUGCCUCCUCCCCCUCCGCCGGCGGCGGCGGCGGGGAUGGGACCGAUGCCAAUAUCGCCCCGCCUCGUGGUAGCUCGCGGCGCAGUCGCCUAGAUGACCUGGAGGAGAUGAUGAUGAUGGAGGCGAUCCGGCUGAGUCUCGCGGCCGAAGAGGAGCGCCGUAAACGUGAGGAUAAAGAGAUGAGAAAGGAGGCCAAGCGGCGCGAAAAGGAGGCCAAGAAGGCGGACAAGGCCGCCCGCAAGAACGGUCUCUACAGUAGCAACCCAAGCCUUUCCGGCCUCGAUACCUCUUCGCUCGACCCCCGGUUGAGCCGGUUCCCCAGCAGCACCUCGUCGCUCGUCGUCGGCGAAGACCCGUCCGCCGCCUCUACCUCGUCGACGAGCAAGGGUAAAGGGGUGGACCGGGUCUCCCCGAUUCCCACCACCGUAGCCGCCGCUCCUAACGGCACAGACCUGAGCGCUGGCAGCUCGAGUGCUGCGGGCUCCUCUUAUCCAUCACCCAAUCCCGUGGCAGGUGUCGGCAGCGCCAAUGCCGCCACUAUCGCUGCCGAUCCGAACGCGACGACGGCCACCACCUCGGUCGCCGCCGCCGCCGUGCCGCCGCCCCUGCUGGCGGAACCGGUCCGACGAUCACACCUGCGGCACGUCUCGAGCGCCUCGUCAUCCAUUUCCUCGCUGGUGGAAUCCACCGCAGACGACCAUCACGCUGCGGGGGAUGGCAGCAACCCGUCAUCGCUGGAACCCAUGUUCAACUUUGGUAGUCUGGCGGCGGUGAUCGACAACGACGACGAUAAGAACGAUGGGUCCGCCGAGCAUGUCGAGCACACGGCGCCACCGACCACCACCGCUACUACUAUCACUACUACUACUACUACUACUACUACUACUACUACUCCUACUAGUCCUCGUGCCGAGAGUUCUGCCUCUCAAGAGGAUGUAGCCGAGUCUGUUGUUUCUGCGCCACCACCACUUUUGGAAUCGGUGGCUGUGUCGGACGAGACGCCGAUGAUGCCCAAAGAGCUCGAGACGCGAUCGGUGGAGAUCAGUCCAAAUUCAAAUGUCGAAGCGACCUCAUGAUUUUUCUCCUCUCUCUCUCUCUCUCUCUCUCUCUCUCUCUCUGUCUGU